AUGGCUACCCCCAAGCCAUCCAAAACGGACAUAUACGUCGGUUGGAUUGAGCGACACCCGGUGCCACAUGGAGACACGAACAUGAAGAUUUGGGCGACGGGAAUGAUGAAGGCUACGGUUUUGUACGCAAAGGGGUGUUCAAGAGAGGAAAGAAGACUCAACAAUCCGCAGGUGAAACGUGCGGUUGACGAUCUAAUCAUGAUCCCGUGGGAGGAAAGGGGAAGCCCCCAAUUCUUUGCCUGGCUCCGAUCGACGUACCCGGGCAUGGAGGCCAGGUUCACGAAAUGGAAAGCCAGGACGCUGACGAACGGCACGGCAGACAGCGACAGGUGGCAGAACACAGCUUUGUAUUAUGCGACACAGGAGGAAUUGCGCAAAGUUGAAGCUCGUCUCGCGGUCCUGAUCGAUCAGAAGAAGUGUCUGGAGCAGUGGGUUGAGGAAUUGGAAGAAUUAGCGGGGUCGUCUGACAUACGCUUCGGAAUGGCGCAAGAGAUGGCGAUGCCUACACUACAGAUCGCACGGCACAUACCAUCUACUAAACCUGCUCAGCACUUGCUGUUUAUCUUCGCCCACCGUGGGGGGACCUCAAUGGUUCGAUCCGCGUUAACAAGCCCACUGAUGGGCCAGGUCACAGUCCAAGUUGGGCAAUCGAAUUUGCGCGCCACAUUCGCUCAGCGCGAACACAGCGCGGAUGGCACGGCGCACAAGGGAAAGUCGGAUGACAUACGAGCCAUUAUCUCGCACGACCUGACGGGACUGGGGGAGAGACACACGUGGCCUAUUGGCGUGCGAUGUCACGAAGUCGGGAGGACGAUUACCCGCGCGGUACAGAUGUCGGUCGUCGACAUCCCGGAUGAUGUUGAUGGGUUGAAAGCAUUGACAACCAAGUUCCAAGCGGUAUCUACAGCUGAUCAUGGUCAGAAUGAGUACACCGCCAAUCGCGGCAGAUCAACGCCCGCAGAGGACACCGCGAGGGUGAACGAAGCUACAGACCGCGUGUGGACCGCGAUGGAAGCCAAGGGCACGCCAGAGUUCCACGCUUGGAGAACUAGCACAUAUCCAUGGAUGACCAGGGCAAUGGAGAAACGGAAAUUGAAGAGAGCCGCGGAAAAGCGCUUGGGGGAAUCAGGGAUGACCGCUACCAACAGCAUCUCCGUCGCGCUCGGUGAUGACGUGUCUUCGUUGGACGCCAAAAAGAGUGCUGUCGGAGACAGGGUGGCCAUCCCGGGCGGAGAUCCUUCGAUGUCCGCCACUCCUCGACCUAUGGGAACAUUGUCGGGCAAGCGCAAGGCUUCCAACGUGAAUCUGGACGAUAGGCCGCAGCAGACUGUGGAGGGCUCGUAUGACCUUGUUGCUACUCCAAGAAUACUUCCCAAGACACUUAUCUUUCCGUUGAACUUCAAUUCAAGCAGUUUAAGUAGCUUCACAGUUGUAUCUACUGUAUACUCUGAGUACUAG